CGUGAGCAGGUCAUUAAUCUUGACUUUGUUUAGCCUCUUUUCUUAUUCAUUUACUCUUUUCUAUGCCUUUUUAAUUGAUUGUUUUAUCUUACUAAUUUGUUAACCAGGUAAGCCCACUGGGCAUGUGUCCCUUUCAGAUGCGACAUGGAAGCACUUAUCUUUUAACAAGCUAUAAAUGUCAUCAUUUUUUACUUAGUUACAGGUUUUAAUAGGUCUCCACAGUUUGAAUAGUAAGAUGUUGCAAAGGCUGUGUGUUAUAUUGCUGAUUUUGUCACAACAUACCUUCUUCUCUGUUCUCCUUAAAAUGUUGAUCUUAGAGUGGAUGACGUCUGGGACAUGAGGAGUUAAUAGCCAGAUCAGUCCUGAUACAGUGUGCUGAGAAGCAGCCGUUACUAGAAAGCUGAAGAUGAAGGGAACAUGCACAGCAAUGCUGCUUCAGAGCAAGUAAAGGACGGGUGAUAGAAAGGCUGAAAGACCGAUGGUUUUACAUCAUGUGCUUGCUGCCUCGACUCCUGCUAAAGUAGCACAGCAAACCUUAUGAACGGAGGUUAAAAGGGAAUGCUGUCUUUGUCCUGCUUACAGGGAUUCUCGAAUGUAGUAACUGUCAUGCACUCUGCUUAUCUACUCUUGAGACAUCGGCACUGAAGCACAAACUAUUGAUAACUACCACAUUCUUGCUGAAAAAGGUGAUUCACUCAAUGAAGCCCGCAUCAGAACUGGCAAUGUCAGAAAACUGGAAUGUUUCCAAGAACCAUAAUCUUAUAACUGGAAGCAUUAUCGUGCCGGUGGUCUUCUCACUUAUAUUUCUGCUGGGAACAGUGGGGAAUGGACUGGUGCUAGCAGUGCUGCUCAGAAAUGGACAGAUGAAAUACAACACCACAAAUCUCUUCAUCCUAAACCUCAGUGUAGCGGAUCUGUGCUUUAUCAUCUUCUGUGUCCCCUUCCAGGCCACUAUCUAUACCUUGGAUGGUUGGCUAUUUGGGACUUUCAUGUGCAAGACAGUCCACUUUUUCAUCUACCUCACAAUGUAUGCCAGCAGCUUUACACUGGCUGCUGUGUCUAUGGACAGAUAUCUAGCAAUUCGAUACCCACUGAAAUCCAGAGACCUUCGAACAUCACGCAAUGCAGCCAUAGCUAUUGGCAUAAUCUGGGCAAUGUCCAUCCUUUUUGCAGCACCAUAUCUCAGCUAUUACCAGGUCAUUCUCUACAACAGAGUACCCAUCUGUGUUCCAAUUUGGGAAGAUCAGCGCCGCAAGAUUAUGGACGUUUCAACCUUUGUGUUUGGAUUCUUAAUUCCAGUAAUCAUCCUUUCCAUCACAUAUGCUAGGACUAUUAAAUUUCUUUGGACAUCUGUUGACCCAAUAGAAACAAUAUCUGAAUCUCGUAAGGCCAAGCGAAAGGUCACUAAGAUGAUAAUUAUUGUUGCAGUUCUCUUUUGUAUCUGCUGGCUUCCUCAUCAUGUGGUUAUCUUGUGCUUCUGGUUUGGUCACUUCCCCUUCAACAAGGCCACUUAUGCCAUCAGAUUGGUUUCACACUGCAUGUCAUAUGCUAAUUCCUGCCUCAAUCCGAUUGUCUAUGCCUUGAUUUCCAAACAUUUCCGUAAGAGGUUUAAGCAAGUGUUUACAUGCCUGCUGAAGAAGAAGGCUACCAACAAGGUCCAUGUGGUUCAUGUUGCCAAUACAGUGACUGGGUUCUAUGCUGGAACCACUGAAAUCUCUCAGAUAAAUGAAGACAAUGCAAAGGUGUGCCAGGUUGUAAGGACAGAUGCAGAUGCUUCAGGCAGCUCUGAAAGUGCUGGACUACAAAAUGAUGCCCAGCUUCCAUUUAGGGACCUCGAGCAGCAAAAACCAGUGUGAAAUGUACAAAUAUGCAGAAAAAAUGCCUUAGUACUAUCCCUAAUGCAUGUUUCUUGGAGGGGCCAGAAACAGCAUCGCACUCAGUUCCUGCACAUAAAAUUGUGGGAUCUGUUAAACAGAAUGUUAGGGUGAUUUGAUUUGAUUUCAGAUAAGGUCAUUGAGGAAAAACAUUUAAUAAUACUUUUAUUGAAGCAGGUGAUUUUUUUGACUUCUGCCAAAUGUAUAUAACCAACUUAUUUAAAUAUAUUUGCUUUAAAAAAAUUAAAACUCGAACUGUUUAGCUGCAACAUGUGUAAGACAGUCAAGCCUUGUAGUGUCAUGCUGCAGAGUGGGUAGAAACUUACCUUCAGCUAUUAGUCAUUGUGCAUGUCUUUCUAGCACGCUUGGGCAUUUGUUCUGUAGGCAGUGCUUAUUUAAAUUAGAGAAAGUGUCCUCACUUAUGUUAGCCAUGAUUGCGUUUUUCUAGCAUGAUGCAUUCUUUACUUUGUUAACUCAUGUCUUAAGGUGUUUACUGAUUCAUACUAAUAUGUUCCUGUCUUUUCAUGCCAAGGGCUUUUAUGUCAUAAAGGUAAUUUGGUUCUACUUUCAUAUCACAGUUAAAAAUCUCUUGAAAUUGAUAAGGACUGUAGCCCGAUAUUAUAUAUCCCCAGGUAAGCUGUUGCCAUAACCACCUUAAUAUGGAGCUAGUGUGUCGUUUAAUCGCUUCCACUUCAUAUGGGCAAAAAUGUAACAUCAUGCCAGUUAUAUUUUCUGUGUUAUUGUCAGACACAUUUUAAAAUAUUAAAAUGUGAAAAUGUUAUAUUUCAAACAGUGCCAAAUAUUAACAAGCACAGAACGUCUGUUUUCAAAAAGACUAAAUAUGCAUUACUUUUUCCUUUUCUUUCACACAUAGCAGUAUACUGAAAGUGCAGACAACUUGCUUAAAAACUGAUCCAAAAAAAAAAUAAUAACUUUAAUUUAAAAUUCUGUAAUCAUUGCAGAACAUCAUGAAGUUUUACAAUCCAUUUGUUUUGGGAAAGUGUUCCAUUUUCCCCAUGUUACACGAUAUUUUGUGUAGGAUAUGAGUGGGAAUACAAAAUCAAAAAACGAAUAAACUCUCUAACAGGAUAUCGUUUUUUCUGUUAGUAGGUACCGAUGCAACAUGUGCUCACAAGAACUAAUUGCUGAAAUUCUGUAAUAUUUUUUGUAAGAACAUGCCAUCUCAAAGUCAGAAAGUAAUAAAGCCAAGACUAUAACCCACGUAACCUGGGACUGAUUACUGGCCUGGGCACUGAAGGAAAUUAUGUGCAGAAUGAGAGAGAAAGAGAGGAGCAAUGAGGCAUGGUCUGCUAACCUUCCUUAGUGGAAAGGGGGCAGAUGUAUGAAUAUAUAUAUAUAUAUAUAUAUAUAUAUAUAUAUAUAUAUAUAUAUAUAUAUAUAUGCAUGGGGUUUGCUUUCCAUAUUAUUAUAUGCAAAAGAGGCCAGAGAUCAUACAAAGGCACUUGCUGCAAGGGAGGAAGGGACUUUGAGGAUUUUGUUACUCACAGAAGCAGGUAAUGCUCCUUGCAAUAGCCCAUUUCACAUCCUCUGUUACAUUCCAGUGGGCAUUCACAAGAUGGGAAACAUAGGGUAUAACAAGAAAACUCCUCUUAUCCCUGCUUGGAUGAUGGUGCUAUUGCACCAAAAAUAAGAAUGAAAGGGUAACAGCAGCUACUUUGGUAGCUUGACUGGAUGAUGGAAAUCAGAAGAAAAAAUACUCAUUUUAUUAUUUUAAUGAUUAUACAGGUAGAAAAAUGUUACAAACAUCGAUUGUCUCGUUUUCAAAUCAUUUUGAUUCAGAAUAACAAAAAUAACUUUGGAACAUGUUUUAUACAUUUUUGAAUACAUAGCAAACAUAAUAUAAACUGGAAACAUUUUAUAGCCCUGUCCAAAUUCUGGAUCCUUUUCUGCAUAGCAUAAGUAAACUAAUAAUUGUCUGAUUCAUGUGUGUUAUUAAUCACCUAUGUUUUUGAUUAUGCAUUCAGUGUAGAACAGUCUGGGUAAACAUGCAGAAUCCAAAGUAGUGAAUGAUUUAAAUGAGUUUGUGCUGAAAAUGCUUUAAUUUACAGAAUACAUGGCCUGCAGUCACUGAGUAUCUGAUGAACUACAAAAUAUCAGUUUUAAUGGUAUUAUUCUAGUCUGUUGUACAAAAAGAAUGUGCCCACAAAAUGUAUCUGCUGAACAGUAUAUAUCUGCCGAUAAGCUAAAAUGCACAGCUUCCAUGUGGUAUUUGACCUGCAGUUAAACUAACACUGGGCAAUGUACCUUAAGAUGGAUUGUAACUCAUAGGUGAAGCAGUGAUUAGAAGCGUGCAGUGUAACUGUUUGAGUAACACUCACACCUGAUUCAAGGGAAUGCAUUCAUACCACUGCCAAGUUUAUCAAAAGGCUAACUGCAUUUUCUUCCCAAUAAAGAAGCAGCAUUUACAUGCAUAACUGUGA